UGUGGCUUGAUCCGUGAGUUUUGCAGCCAUGGCCGCCACGACCAAAAGUGGCCACACCAGCAAAAGUGCUCAGACCUCCAAAAGCGCUGCCACCGCCCGGUCCGCCCGUUCCGGUGCUGGACCCGCUGGACCCGGUGCCCGCUACAUGGUGCGGUCGCGGGCGCGGACCAGCACCAUCGACGCCAUGCAAAUGCACGAGGCGGUGACGCCAGAUCGGUGGUGCGUCACCAAGAUGGAUCUCAGGCACUUGCGAUUGGAGGUGCUUCGGUGGCUGCAAGACGGCGAGAUUCAGUCCAAUCCGGACACGGAAGACAGUGACGAUGAGGACAAGUAUGGGCCCAGCAUUUACAGUGUCAACGAGCAGUAUAUCAAGCCCGUGACCGCCGAUGCGGGGAAGAUGAGUUGGGCUUUGAUGAUGAACCCGGAGGGCUUAGACUGCGAUCUAUUUGUCAGUCAUGCUUGGCAAGAAGGCAUCUUCGAGUUCUUGUCCAAGGUCUUGGGAUCUUGGCCUUUCUGGGUGCGCCAUGCCUGGUGCUGCAUGCUCGCGAAUCCCCAACAUCUCAACAUCGGUUCCAUGCUGCAAUCGCCCAAGACUUCGCCCUUCGCCUUGGCCUUGGAAGCUUCACGCUUGGUUCUGGUCGUAUCCAACCGACGCAAGAGCGUCUACUGCCGGCUGUGGUGCGGCUACGAGGCUUAUGUGGCCUCGGAGAAGUCCAAGGUGAUCCAGAUAGCCAAGCCGCUGCAGAUCCGCAGCAUGUGCUGGACCUUUGGACUGGCCCUGCUGCCUUUGGCAGGAGGCCUGAUUUUUGGUGGCUUGGGACGAUGGCAGAAUUGGGACUUAAGAUUGGGCGUGAUCUUCAUCGCUUUGGCCUUGCUGGCCAGCGCCAACACCCAUCACGUGAUGCGACAGGCCUCCAACUACAUGGGGCUGGCUGUCUCUGCUUGCUUGGCGGUGUCUUGGAUACCUUUGCCCACGGUCCGUUUCAUUUGGGUGCUUCCUCCGGCUGUCCGCGUCAUUUACAACGUUUUGCUUUGGCUUUGCGUCUUGGCCUUCUUCCUGCUGGCCGAAGUGGACCGCGCGCGCAGCGAGGACAUUGCGUGCGAAGGCCAGAAGUUGCGGAAGGGCUACCGAGGAUCCAUUUGCCAGGCGUCAUGUUCGGAGGCAGCAGACAAGAGAAGAAUUUGGGAUGAGAUUGGAAACAACGUGCACCAGGUCGAUCACGCCAUCAACGUCUUGAUCUCUGCAGGCCUGAGCUCCCCUGCGCUGCGCGCCUGUGCCGAGAAGGGCGUGGAGAUCGAGGGCGCCGGUCAUGCGGAGUCGGCGAUUCCCCUGGUCUUCCUGGGACCGCAGCUGCUGGUGGGCUUAAGCCAAGUCAUCAUUAUAUAUCUGAACGGACAGAACACGGCGGACCCCGGUUUGGUCUUGGAAGCAUUGGCAGUCGUCGCACGCAUUGCCUUCAUCAUCCUCAUUUGCAAAAGUGCACCAGAUGAGAGAUGCUUCAUGUUCAAGGUCAUCACCAAAUUGGUGACCGUGAUUUUCUUCCCCUCGAUCUUCACCAUCGUGGUUGUGGUUGAACUGGGGCAUCCAGGAGCUGCUGAGGUGGUCGGCCUGGUCACCUUCAUGUGUUUUAACCUGUCCUUGAUCCUGGCGCUGAUCUUUGGUUUGCUGGGCAUCCAAAAGACGCUGCAGCUUCCCGGCGGCCCCUGUUUGCUGCAGAUGGUCUUUUGGCACGCCUCAUCCUGGGGCUGUGCCAAGAGGAAUCUCGACUCCAGCUCUGAUGAGGAGACAGACUGACUCUGAUGAGGUUUAAACCCAGGAGCGACAGAAUAUGCCGACAACCAGUCCAUGUCGAUUUCUACCCGGGUCUACCCGGCAAGAUGGCGCGAGGAUGGCAAUAGGAAGCACAAGGUUGUAUGGGCAUCCAACUGCCGAUCCGUUAGCUUUGAAUUAUCCCUCCCUAAUGGCCUUGGCUUUAAAGGGAAGGAUUGGGGUUGAGCUGCUUGAGCUUUGAACAGAUGCUGAGCUCCAAACGCAAAGACUUUGGAGGUCAGACAGUGGGCUGCGGCUCAAGGCAUCCACCGUGUCCGUCGGACGUGUCCACCGU